GCGUGUGUGUGGAGUAUGUGUGUGUGUAGUGUAUGUCUGUGUGUCUGUGUGUGUGUAUGUGUGUGCGUGUGUGGGGCGCCUAGAAACGGCUGCGUUUGUGUUGAGCCACUCUCCUCCAUGUUGCUGCUUCUGUCAGGCCUGGCGCAUCAUCACCACCGCCACCACCGCGGCUUUGUGAUACAACUUUCACUCACAAACAACAAACAAACAAGCGGCAACUGACGAGGAUCAGCGACGAAGACAACAACAGCUGACGAUUAUCAACAUCGAGAUCGACAUCGAAACACACAGAGGAGAGGAGGAGGAGAGAGGGGGGGGUGGAGAUACAAAAAAAGUUUAAAAAAAGAAGUCCAUCUCGGAUAUCGCCGUUUCGUUCGGGAACAACUCUUUGUAGUUUUUGUUUCGUUUAAACAUUUCUUGAAGUAAGAAGCGAGGUUGAGGUGUGUGUGUGUGGGUUCUGUGUGUGUGUGUGUGGGGGGGGGGGGAGGUGGCAUUGGAAAGCCACGUGGAGUCGUUUGCAGCCGAUGGAAAGUGCGUCCAUCAUCACCCAAGUUUGCCGUGAAGAUGACACCACCACGACGACAGAAAGAGUGAGCGUGCAGCAGCUGCCGCAGCAGCAGCAACAGCAGCCUUCCCGCGGCGGCUCGGGCAAGAAGAAGCCUCGCGGACGCGGGAUCUUCCGCUCGCUGCUCUGCUGCCUGCGGCACACCGAGAGCCCCGAGCGGAGGGAUGCGCCGGCCAAUGGGGCCGGCGUUGGGCCCGGCACGGGCAACAGCUUGGGCUCCGGCGCCGGGUUGCUCGACGAGAACGGGUCCAUCGCGAGAGCGUCGUCGUACGAGCCGACCAGUAAGUACCUCCUGAGCGAAGUGCGGCCGGGCGACGCCGGUCGGAUCUGCGUGGUGAUCGACCUUGACGAGACGCUGGUUCACAGUUCCUUCAAGCCAAUCAACAAUGCCGAUUUCAUAGUUCCUGUUGAAAUUGAUGGAACGAUACAUCAGGUUUAUGUACUGAAGCGCCCUCAUGUGGAUGAGUUUUUGAAACGAAUGGGCGAAUUGUUCGAGUGCGUGCUCUUCACUGCCAGCCUUGCCAAGUACGCUGAUCCUGUGGCGGACCUCCUGGACAAGUGGGGGGUGUUCAGGGCGAGGCUGUUCCGCGAGUCGUGCGUGUUCCACCACGGCAACUACGUCAAGGACUUGAGCCGAUUGGGCAGGGAGCUCAACAAAGUCAUCAUCAUCGACAACUCGCCCGCCUCCUACAUAUUCCACCCUGACAACGCGGUUCCGGUGGUGUCCUGGUUCGACGACAUGACCGACAUGGAGCUCCUGGAUCUCGUGCCCCUCUUUGAGGGGCUGAGCAAGGUGGAUGACAUCUACACGGUUCUGCGUCAGCACAGGACUAGCUAACGGCAGCACGGACAGCAAGCCGUGGGGGAAUAAAAGAAAGGCAAAACACACACGAGGAGAUGCAACAGGAAUAGGAAAAAAAAGACUGAACAAUAACGAUAAAAGGAAAGACAAUCUGACGAACGCAUGAAACCUUCCCGAUUGAUCGCCGUUGGAUGGUGGAAAGUGCUGCUCGAGAAAACCAGUGCGAGGAUCGUCGUCGACUGGAGGAAGUUGACGUCGUUGUGUUGCUUGAAGUUUGAUUUGAUGCAAGAAAAUGGGCGUUUUUAGCACUUUCCCUAACCCCUCAAUUGCAUAUCAUGCCUGCCUCUGUCAAUCAAAGACAAACUUUACUCUUCAUUUUUUUUUGUCGUCGUCGUAUUAGCUGUACGGUUCUUUUAUUCUCUUACGGCUGUUCGUGAUCCAAUCUUUGAUAAACCAAACUAAAACCAAAUAAUAUUCAGGAAGGAAAAAAAGUUAUUUUUUUAUCUUAACUUUCAAACAUUUUACGAAUAACCCUUAUUUGGUAUAAGCAAAGUAUAGGAAAAGUCGUUUUCACGUUUUACCAAAAAGACAACGACGACCAGCGUUUCUAAACAGUGGCGACAUUCACGCAUGCUGUAUCUCUCAGCCCCCCUGCACAACCUACAGCACAUGGGAGCUGUGGGUCGCUUAAUUCUUUCGCGUUCCGAUGACGUACGUCAUCAGUUUUUCUUCCGAUUCCAUUCCGAUGACGAACGUCAUCAAAACGAAACCGGAAGAAAAACUAAAAAUUACUUGAUUGGUAACGAGGUUCCCACAAGGCCACGCGGGAGAGCGUGUGGUACAGUUUUGGCUCCAGCUAUCGCAGAGUGCGGUUGUGUCGCUACAGUUCUCUGCGGUGAGUAGAGUGUAAUGAAAAACGACGGCGCUACGCCUCUCUAAAUAAAAUGUAUCCCGAGCCGCUUGCAGGUUCGGAGACACGCCUUGGAAUGGGAAAGGGUUAAGGUGUUUUCAGCCAUUUUAUGGGGGGCAGGGGGGGGUCAUGUAAUUUUGUAAGACAAUGCGAUAUCACCAAGAUAAUUGACAGUAGGAUGGUGAUGUCGGUUAUACCGCCUGCAAGGUUGUUUCUACGUUUCGGCUUCUCCGUCCGCGUCUCCGCCGUGCCUCAAAGAAGUCGCCUUGAGUGCCUUUCCUCUCUCAUUGCAGCAAUACAAUGAACACUACCCUCUUCGUAUUAUCCCGCCUAUACGUGUUCCGAUGAAAUCAUGAGAAUCUCUUAAUUUCUUACAUGUAGAUAUCGAAUCAAAAAGACAAGCAAAGCACUUGUAAAGCGAAAAGUUCGUGCGAUUUUCGGCACAUUUUUAUUCAACUAAUGUCAGCACAUGAAACUGUAGUUUGUAUUUAAACUACUACUAUAUAUAAGAUGAAAAACACUUGAUCGUCCUUGCAUUGCAUUUAUACCCCCUCAGUGACAUCUGCAGCCUAUAAUCCUCCUCUAAGCGUCAGAAAAAACUCGGUUGCAUAGAGACAGAAUCGCUUAUAUUUUCUAAAUUUUAAAAAAAUUACGGCAUCAAUAAGACAACAUUUUAAAAAAUAUAAUGAGACCGGCUAUUUCAACUGUAUUGUUGAAAUAUUCGCAACGUAUUCAUUUCAUACCUAAUAGGUGUAAUUAUUUUACAAAACAGAACUUGCAAUCCGGAGGUUGUCGGUUCGAAUUGAUCUCCCGGCGCGGCAGUUGAAACGACGGUGCAAAAUUCGUAAAUCUAAACCCACCCCCCCUUCUUACCACUGUUCAUUGAGCGGUGUAAAUGGGUGCCCCACGCAGUACGUUAGCAAGUGGCAUGUAGCGGGGUAACACGUGGGUUACUCGCCUCUUACAAUGCAUCUGGCCAGCGUGGAAGAAUAGUUCGAACACCUUCUAGACGGGCGACUGUUUCGAGCUUCCUCUCGUGAAGGCCCCUUUGCCCGCAGUGACGUGAGCAAGUAUCAGAAUCAGAAUAUUUGUUGAUACUGGUGGAAUCUGAUGGGCGAUAAAGCUGUAUUUUUUCACAGAUGUCCGGUAGUGGUGGGUCAGAACGUUGUAACAGCAAGCAAUACAAAAACACGAUAGGAGUGCAAAGUGUAGGAAAGGUAAAGAAAUCUGUUUUAAAAAAUAUACAAAUAAAACUAAACAAUUUUUUUUGUUUAUCUUACCAGGAAAAGCCCACUGAGCUAUUAGCAUCUUUUUUAGAAGCGACCUGGCCACAAAUGAUAGUUAAACAAAGUGCUUCAUCAUGUGGAAUUUUUUUAAGAGGCAAAAUCAUCUAAAUAAUCUAACGACAUGUUUUAAAAUAAAACUGGAGGACCCUGAGAAGAAAAAACGAGGAGAGAGUCAUUUAAAUUCCAAAUCUACAGCCGUUAGGGUCGGGAUCGAGCCCGCAACCUCCUUCAGCUACAUUUACUUUUAUUUUCAACAGAAGCAUUUCUAAACUUCGGAAGUCAUUGUGGACAUCUGUGCAGUUUAAUUGACCGCACUGAAACUGGUGUCAUAAUUGUUUAAACAAUAGGUGAUCCCUUCUACUGACACCCUGCACACGUGGCAGUGAUGUGUAAUGUUUUGAAAAAGCGUUCAUUAAUAACGUUUUGUCAUCAAGCUGGUUGGGUGGCUUCGAGGUCAAUGCUGAGCCAUCACCGCUGAGAUCCUGGGUUCAAAUCCAGGCAGCUGCCCGUAAUGAAACUGGAUUGUCAAACGGAGCGAGUUGAUGGUUUCAGCCCAGUCGCCAAUUACUAAAAUUCCAGCUCUGGGUAUUAAUAUCAUCUGUUUGACUAUCAUGCGACAAUCUAAUUGCAGAGAAUAUGGCAUAGUGCACGCCCUUCUCUGUAAAAGAUGAAGAGAAAAAAAACUACUUGAAGGAUUUUUUGGAGAAGUCCGGUGAAACGUAUCAUCAUCAUCUGCGGGGCUGCUCUGAGAUUUCUAAGUAGAUUUAGGCUCUCGAAACGAUAACGAAAGCACGGUUGUGAGUACGUUUUUGGGGAAAAGGCACAUUGAAAAAAUGAUACACCCUAAACCUGGGGUCGGCAACCAAAAUAACAAGAGCCAUUUUGAUCGAAUUCGCAACAAACCCCCCCCCCCCCCCCCCCAAUAUUUCAAGAGGCACAAUGCAUGAUGAGUACGGGACGGUGGUCCUUAAUUCAUAAUAAAGCUGUCCUUCAAGAGUCAGCAUAUGCGGCUCAGGAGCCGCAUGUUUGCUGACUCUUUUCCCUAAACAAUAACGAUACGCACCAUAACGACGCACUAAGAAAGGGAUCCGCGCUUCAAAAUAUCGUUGCGUUUUGCAACAUAUACCUACGUGUUGAGAAAGAAAAUAUGCGUCUCGUGCAGGAAAAUUAUUUCAACACGAAAGUGGAUAGAUGUGUACUUUGUCACGCAUCGCUUCAGGCAGCGGUGGCCCAUUGCAACAAGCACUUGGGGCCACCGUGGUGGAAUCUCGGAACGGGCGCCGGCAACGCACCAGAAAGCUUUCGUCCACCAACAGUGAAGAGCGAUGGAUUUAAACCGUGGAAUAUUAUCACUAUGGGCAUCGAACGCAUAAUCUCGCCGUCUGUUAGGCAGGAAUGUUUCGAUGUCCAAGUUGUUGAGCCUCGGGGGAUUUGCUUAGUUGGCAUCAGCAGGUCGAGAGAGAAUUGUCUGCUCGUUAGAGUUCUGACUUGUCCUGAGAUCCACCCCGUAGAUCGUGAUCCAUGUAUUGGUCACCGCUGACUUGGGGUGGUGGUGGUGGUGGGGGGGGGGGGGACUACAUUUGUUACACUACCAGUAUGUUUUAAGUAUAACGCAAUUGUGUAACAUUUUUUUUUCGCACACAAGUAGUAUACUCUCCGUGUUUAGCUUGAUUUAGGCGCUUCACAUUACACUCGUCGACUGCACUUGAGAACGGCAUCCAACACUGCAGCGUGUAAGUUACAGCAAUACUAAUAUAGGGAAAAUAUUUUUGCUUCUGAAAGUGUUUUUUUAAUUCACUAUGCUUAAAGACAUUUGUGUACAUUUCAUGAAUUGUAAGCGGAACAUUUGAAAAUCCCCUCUGCUCAUAUGCACGUCUGCCAACUUGGUCACAUUUGGUGAAGCAUUCUCUGUUGUCGGUGAGCGAUUUUUGCGCGUCCUUGUUUCUCAACAGCGAUCGUACUUUGUACCCAAGGCAAAACGGAGCAUUAAUUAUUCGUAUAAAAAAAACCCCACCCCAAUUAAAAUAGCUUUUAGAACGCAUUGUACAAGAGUGACGUCUUCGAGAGACACUGCCACGUGGCGUGCAGGAGGCGAAAGUGAAGUUGCCUUUUGGACGAGUCCACUUUGAAGUUCAGUGAUCCAUUUCUCUCCAUCGGAAUUCCUCAAGUUGUCUCCCAGCUUAGGCGUUUGUGGUGGUCAUUGGCCUCGGUGUAUGAAGGACAUUGUCUUGACUCCCGUCAUAUUAAUGCCAAUGAGUGUUCUCUUUAUCUCGUGUAUGUUAUCACCCUGUAACUUCCCAAACUGCUGGACAAAUGGCCUCCCCUGUGUUUGUUCCGUUCCUUAAUACUCUGUUGUUCUUGUCCAGUGGCGGCCUCCGAAUUAUUUACUUUAUUUCGCUGCCGCCGUCUCUUCCGCUGGUUUGCUCUGCUGCGCUUACUUUCGUUCGGUCUCCACUCUGGUUAACUGUGCCCGUCUUUCGCAGACUGAAUGUGUAACAUUGAAGUGUAAGCCGUGCGUGUGUGUGUUGGUGGAGUUCCGGGUGGCUAAAGCACAGCAAGUUGGCACAGUAGGGGGCACAGGUGGUGCAUCAGCCAGUCAUCUCAGUCGACCCUUGGCACCUGGGUCUGCCCCGUGACCUCCUGCCAGCGGGCGUUCGACACUUCACGUGGCCUCAAGGUGCACAUGGCCUGGCACAAGCUUCGUGGUGACGUCACCGCCACUUAGUGGCGAAUGGCGGUUGUUGUUGGAGUUCUGAAUUCAGUUUCUUUUCCAAAUCAGUUUUUAUUCCAUUUGGGCUGUCAAGAGUCUUGUCAAGAGGUGAAGUACAACUUUUCGAUACUCGUAGCGAGCGGUGAAAUCGCCUCCUGUUGCUAUACAAUGGCCCACAAUCAUAUUCUCACAGAACUCUCCUGCCAUCCCUUCGUGCACUUUCUGACGUGCCCCGCUUCUGAGAAAUGUUUGCCCAUGGCGAUGAUCAAACUCACAGAUUUUUCGACAAAGCUACAUUUGGCGUGGCGGGUUUCUUUGCGUGCAGCCUUUGGUGACCAAGCCGAGACCACAAGCCGGCUGCAACACACCCGGUUUAAUCAGAGCUGACUGAAAUUACACCGCAGUACAGUACAAUUUGAUUUCACAAAGCACUUCAAUGUGAGUGGCUUCGAACCCCAGGAUCUGUCGUACGACAAUAUCCCAGAUUUACGUCUCCCCCUUUUACGUCGUUUCCAAAAUACGUGAACACAACUUCCUGAUUUGCGUCACCUCAUCCCCACACUUAACGUCGCUGACUGCAUCGUCCGUCGACUUUCAGCCUUCACCGUACCCUGUACUUUGCGCAUAAAGACAUUUGCUGUACUGCAGAGUACAAUAUAUUAUAUACGUAUGGUAUUUAGGUGAUUUGGACAAGAAAACGCUUCGAUUUACUUCGUUUCGAUAUUCGUCGUCGGACCUUUCAGGAAUUCGUCUUCUUGGUUCUUUCGGUAAAGCCACGUAGAAGGGAAAUAAUAAAAUAAUAACAUUUAAAUAUUAUAAAAUACAAUUGUCACGACGUUUCGGCCACAAACGCAAGCAGCCGUCCUCAGGUGAAGAACAGGUCUGUCGGAAAGACAGCGUCUGAAUGAACACCACCAAGCUUGGCAGCGUUUAAGCUGGGUUAAAGGAGGAAGGGCGCCUUGACUAAGGAAUUAGCAUAUCAACAGAGGAAUUUAGCAUAUUUAUGGAAAAUGCAGAUAUGGGAUUAGUCACUACUUGUGGAAUGCGUAGGAGGUGGGGGGUCUCAAAGUCAUAUUAUGCCCGUGCAUUAUGUAGGAUUAGCAGGAACUCAUCCCCGACGUAGGACGGAAUAUUGCUGUACUGGCUAAGUGCUCGCUCUGUGUGACUUGUGAACCACCUGUACUAACUCACCUCUGUCGCUUUCGUUAUUCUACAUCUCGUGACUGGUAAAUGUGUUUGUCCAAGUUAACCUCAUGGUGUUGGAUGUGGAACUUUUUUGUUGUGCCAUGUGCUUGGUUUGUCCAUGGUUAGGAGUUGUGUUGCGUCAGUUGGUUCUUGUGUUGUUUCCAUUCUCGUUGGCCAGAAUGUUGGUUGGAUUGGUUGUAUUCAGGAUCAUUUGGUUUCUUGAGUGUUGUUCUGUAUUCGUGCUUCUAUGUUUCACUCGUUCAAAAUCUCCUUGCUAACUUUGCCCCAGUUUGCUGAUCCGUUUUGCCUUGUCGAAGUAUAAGAGCAGCCGAAACAACAUUUGUGCCGGGUAGGUUUAUCGCAGCUCUACUGCAUAGCUCUCCCAUUGUGGUGUUCAGCAUAUGAUGGUCCAACGUUUCGCUCCGCUCUCCCUAAAGAAGGAACGGAAGUUUCCGACGAUGCACUGAGCACCUGUGGUGAAGCGUCUCGGCGUCACGCUGCCAAACAACACGCGGCACAACCCGAAAGCGCAUCGGAGAGAGCAAUAAUAUUUGUAUUUUUUCAGUUUCAAAAAUGUAUUUCCGGAAACAAAUCUCGCCUCCCCAGAGCAUGUCUUUUUUUCACUUUGCAACGUUGGCAGCGGCGUCAUAUGUGCAUUGAUUUAAAUGCAUAAAACUUGAACUACGUGUUUGUGAGCAUUGUAGUUGAGCUGUUUUUUGUUUGUCAACGGUGAGUCGACAUCUCAAUACUGAAUUUUUUUUGCUCCAGUGUAGCCACUGUAGGACUUCACGUAUAGCCCAAAUCCACUGCUAGAUGACGGCCUCCACUCGCGCUGCGGGUCAUGAGGGUCGUGUGACCAUGACCCCCCCCUCCUCCCGCACUGCUUGGCACGGGCUGGUGAAGGUGGGCAGCAUAGACGUUGGGAGCAUUGUACAGUACAAUGGAUGUUGAUGCACUGAACCUCUGCUGCCCGCGCAGUAUAGCCUCCCCGCAGCAGCCUAUAGCAACCUGUUAUGCACGGCGAUCUGCCAUCUCAACCCUGCUUGGCUUCCGAGGUCUUGACGAGAUCGGGCACCGUUCUGGGUGAUUUCGUCAUCGGCUGCAAGACUUCACGUUGAGACAACAUGGGGUAGACCAGUUGCAAGGAUUAUGUUUAUGAAAUGCUCGUCCCACUGGUAUUCUCUUUACAAUUUUUGUACCAUUUUUCUACUGCUCGUAGCAGUUUACGAAAUUGGCUUCUCUUAAAGCAAUACACUAAAAAAAUGCAAGUUGGGAGAACAGGUGCACAAGAGAGAGGCAUUACUGCAAUUUCUAGUGCCGCAAUGCUGUAUAAAAGUAAUUAUAAAAUACUAACUUGGCCUUAACUAAAGAAACUGUUCACCCACAGUGCCUCCAUAAGUGCCUCCUGUCACGCUAAUUGGAAAAUACAAGAUACCGAAUGCUGUCUUGAAUAUGAAGAAGGCAAUUAUUUUUAUUGCGAUAUUCAGCACGUGAAGAUAACGUGUGGACCUCUGAGAUAUUUUUCCGUAAGUUAAAUGUUUUGCAGUGUUUGUGCCUUUUGGAGUGAGGUGUCAGUACAUCGAAGGUCCCAUCAUUUACAGAGGCAAUGUUUUAUAUAACGUAGGCUUUCGCGACGACCAAUAUUCAUAAUAAAGGUUUUUGGGUGAGAUCGUGUCAGUACCAAUGUGUAGAAACCCUCCACCACCCAAACACUACUUUAGCCCACCGGUGUGUUGAGUAAAUCCACAAAAUUUACAAUUUGAGUAAAAAAAUGUGACAAACCUUAAAUCCACAUUUUAAUCAAAUUGUAAAUGUGGAUUUACUCUUCAACACACCGGUGGGCUGAAGUAGUGACUGAUUUGCGCGUUGUUUACGUGACUACUUAGUGGUUGUGUUGUGUGGUGGAGGGUUACAUCAAAUGUAUACUUACGCGAUCUAACCCAAAAACCUUUAUUAUGAAUGUGUUAUAUGUUGCAAGGGCCAGGUAGGCCAAGGUGUAAACUAAGCCUUGUUCUUACGUAUAUGACCAGCCGAAUAAAAAAUAUAAACAUUCUUAAAAAUAUAUAUUUAGCAACGUUUCUAAUUGAUACUACGUGGCUGGUUAUUCAGUUUUCUGAACAAAUGGCUCGCCAUAAUUUUGGAGAGAGAGUAAAAAAAAUAUAUAUACAUAUAUACAUACAUUUGCAUAGGUCCUUGGAAUUGAACGUGUAUAAAAAAAAACGAAAUGAUGUACAAAUGAAUUGCAUAUAAUGGUUCUGGCGCGUUGCCUUUGGCCGUUCUGUCUGUGUUUGAAGAAUGUGUUUUUAUGCUUGCGCGUGAGUGUCUUUUUUGAUUUUUGAAUUGCGUGCCCUUUGAUAGAUGAUCCAAACGUUGCUGCAAAAAAAAAGUCACCCGAUUUACAAUGCCUGCAUAGAGGCGCAAAGGGAUAUGUAAUAUUAUAUGUAUUACACAGCCCCUAAGCCGACCUAUGACUUACAUUUGAUUUUGUGCAAACGUCCAUUUAGUGACAAUUUCGAUCACGGGGUGGGGGGGAGGGAAAUUUAUAGUGGAAUGUUACCUGUCCAUUCUUUUCUUGGGUUACAAUCGAAAUUGCGGAUAUUCCAAAAUUUGUAUUGUAUACAGGGAAGUUGGUCUCUUCUGAUUGGUUAACACUUCAUUGAAAUGGGUACAAACAUGCAUAAAAGCAGAAUUACGCUAUGUGCGUACACUUAUAAAUACAGAUAUGCUUUAGUCCACAGGUCUAUCCGAUUGGCUUUCCAGACCAAUAUUAUCCAGCAGAAGUUAUUUCAGAAAACCAACUGUGGACCGGUUUCAGUAAAAUGGGCUCAACUGCAUUCGAUCAAAUUUAAACCAUCGGUGGUGAUAUUGUCUGAAGUUGACUGGUCCUUUCAAAUAUCUGUCUGGUCCUGCUUCAUUCGCAAGUCUUUCACAGGUCUAAGCAACACGAGUACGAAUAAGCAAUAUGAUUAUCCUGAAAGUAACUUUUACGCUGAAAUUCCAUUUACAAAGUUAUAACUCCACUGCUGUAAUACGGCGAAACUAUGGUUUAAAAUACUGUACUUUAACAUUCAGUUGAAUUUCUCUCUUGUUAUGUGAUUGUAACCUUAUUGUAAUCUUUUAUGGCAGUAUAAUACUUGAGUUUCAUGUAGAAGAUAGCAUCUUCAAUCCUGCAUCUCUCAAUUACACUCGUACUAAAACCCGUGUGUGCUGUGCAUAUUUACAUCUGUGUACACCAAAACGGCUUCAGUUUUGCAUACGUCUUACAUUGUAAGGAACUUCAUGGGUCUAUUUGCGAGUCCUGCUGUCAGGUCAGUGACAGUUGUUUUUUGUGAAGUCGAGUUAAGGGCUCAGUGACCGGAAAUAACCAGAUUGAUGAUUAGACACGUACAACUUACGACCUUUGACCUAGGUAAAACAUUUCUAUGUUCGUAAAUGACAAUAUUCUAUGGUUUUGAAAAGUGUAAACUCUAUUCCCAUUCCUCUGAUUUAUCUAGUUGAGAGGUGGGAAUAUGUUCGAUGAAAUGAAUAAAAGUGGGUAAUGUGUGGAACAAAUAGAGCUAUUGGUGGGGUACGGAGACUGAAACUGAAAUGUCAGGGGCAUGUUCCGUUGAACGUAUCUGGGUGUAUGAACACUUAAAAUACAAAUUCUAUCAGGGGUACAACGCUUUAUCAAGGAGGAAUUGGAGUAAGACCAGAACAUGAAUGGACAUUUAAACAUGUUAUGUAUUACACCAUUACACAGUAUAGGCUUGUAUGCAAUUUCAUUAACACUGUUUAUUAAGUAAUUAUUUUACAGGAUGCGCAUUUUAGAAAUGUACUAUUCUGCAGUGCGAUAACCGCCGUUGAAAUUCGAAUUGUAAAAAUUCCGUUUUAGAGUAAAACGCUAUAUCCAC